GCUCGUGUGCUUGUUACGUCCCUGAACUGAUACCGUUAUAUCCUGAAUUGGUGGAGCGUUGAACCGGUACGGAUGGAACUAUGACCGUCAUUCGUCGUUGCUCCUCCGACAGGUGUGUUUGUUUUAAAAGGAAAUUUGUAUAGCGUGAAGAACGCGCGAUCUCGUAAGUGAAACAUGCGGUAGGUGACGAAAUAGUACGAGAAAAUACGAAGAUACUUCUAUUGUGGAUUUUGGUGUCACGUGCGAAAAUUAAAAUAAAAACAAUAUUGACGAUCUCGUCGCGCGAUCGUUCAAGAACGAUUGACGAUCGAACUAAAAUGAACAAUUUGUUGCUUUAUUUUAAAAACAAUAACAUGGAGAAAGCAAAGAAAAACGGAUUGAAAAUCGAAGAGAGUCAAGGUGAAGGAAAAAAAUCGAUAUUUUGGACUUACUUGUUGUGGUUGUUCGGAGGAUUCUUCGGGCUUCAUCACACAUAUCUCGGCAGAGAUGAUCAGGCCUUUGUGUAUAUCAGCACAUUCGGUGGUUAUCUAGGCUGUGGUUGGUUCAGAGAUAUUUACAGGAUACCUGCGUAUGUGGCCGAUGCGAACGGCGACUUAGCGUUUAUCGAGAAUUUCAAACGAAAAGUCAGAUCUAACCGAAAGCCGCCGUUUUCCACGGUGCGAUUCUUGGCAGAGACCGCCGUAGCCUACUUAUGGGCCGAGGUGUUUAACAGCGCGAUUCCGCAAGAAGAAAUAUACGGUAUUAAUUUCCGGCACCUGUUGCUCUUGAUACCGACUGUGAUCGCGUUGGGAGUAUGGACAGUUGGAAACAUCGGCAGAGAACAGGGUUCAAUAAGAGCACCACUGAUUGCAGCCUAUAUGUUGUAUCCGACUUCGCAUUACAUAGGCGAUCAGAGCAUGUGGAUAUUUUUUAUGGUACUUGCGUCGAGCUUGAGUUUCGAUAACUUUAGCAAACAGUGGCGGCUGAAACCAAAACAACGAAGGAGUUUCAUCCGACGAGUGACGUGUUUAGGAUUAGCGCUUAUGCUCUACUUUGCCGUAAUCGGCAGUUAUCUUUAUUUCAACGCGGUUGUUACGGAUAGCGAAGGUGAGGAAAUCAAGCUCUCAGAAGCGAUACAGCACUUCCUCACGUCACCCAUUUGGACGGAAUUCAAAGCUAGUUUGGAAGCUACGUGGAUACAAGCGAAGCACCAAGGCUUCUGGGCAACUUGGGCGCAACUGGUGGAUCUCACGGAUCCUCGAGGCGAGAUAAACGCUUACAAGGUUUUGGGUCUCUCGCAAACCGCUUCGCAAAACGAAGUAACAGCGCGAUGGAGAACUUUGUCGAGAGAUAAUCAUCCUGACAAAGUCAAGGGUUCGGAGGAGGAACGACGCAAGGCUCAAGAAAAAUUUAUGGAAAUUCAACAAGCGUACGAAAUACUAUCGCAAGCGAAAAAUCGCAGACAGCGACGAAACCGUCGUUCGAACGAAUAAAUCGCGCGCGAUCUCUUGCAAUUGAUUUAAACAUUUAUAAUUGAAUGAGAAAGAUAUUAUACGGAUCUAUAUGAAGAAAACACAAUAAUAAUCUCAAACGUUUCUUCCGUUACUGCUUUUCAAAAAUAAGUACAGUAUUCGUUCUCCAAUCAAAAGAUACACAGUUGAUUAAGAAGACAUUUAUUUAAACAAUCAUCUGAUAAUAACUGUAUCGAUAUAAAAUCUCUUGUACAUAAAACGUAUAUUUUGUAAGUUGAAACGAGACUUGCGAUUAACGCGACAAUCGCAAGCUCGCUCGUGCGCGAUCACUUUUUUAACUCUCUCGAUGAAACUCUCCCGAAAUUCGCUUCAGCUCGACAUACACAUUUCCGUUCUGUGGGAAAAUCGAAUUUUAUAAUAUUUGGAGUGAAUAAGAAGAAAAUUUUUUUUUUCCAGGUUUCACACAACAUUACGAUUGUUCGAGGUAAUUUUUUGACGUGAUUUCUCAAGUUUCUCGUGUUCCGAUCUUUUGUAAACAUCGUUCGCAACGUAUUUUGCUUCGCCACGUUGAACGAUCCAUUAUAAGUCUCAACUAAAAAUAAGAUUCGACCGUUCUGAGUGUUUAUGCAUUCGGCCGCGGCGGUGGUUUACACCGAAAACAAUCUCGAGUACGGUACCGUAAACAUGACAACGUUUCAAGCAGCACGUCAGGGUAAGCCACUAUCUGGAAAUAGUGAUUUAUCGGGAGCGAUCGGGUUUCGAGGGGGUUUUCUCUUUGAUGUGUCCGCGAAAACGUCCUCCGAAAGAAAUGCAUCACUAAUAUAUUUCUUCGCGAGGUAAAAACGGAUAUAUACCUACACGGAAAAAAAAAAAGUUUUGCUAUUAUAUGAUUAGCAAAAAAAAUGGUUGACUCUACGAAAUAUUUUGUUU